AAGAUGGCGGCGCUGAAGGAGGCUCGGAGCUACGGGCUGUCGUGCGGGCGGGUGAGCGACGGCAGCAAGGUGUCCGUGUUCCACGUGAAGCUCACCGACAGUGCCCUGAAGGCCUUCGAGAGCUACCGGGCUGACCAGGACUCCGUGUCACUGAGGCCAUCCAUCCGAUUUGACGGAAGUCAAGGGCACAUCUGCGUGCCCCAGCCCGGCGGCCCCAAGGCGGUGCGCACGUUCUCCUUCUACCUGUCCAGCGCUGGCCGCGACGGCCCACAGGGCAGCUUUGACUGCGUGCAGCAGUGCGUCUCCAGCCAUGGCCACGUCCACCUGGACUGCCUGGGCAGCAUCCAGGACAAGGUCACGGUGUGCGCCACCGAUGACUCCUACCAGAAGGCGCGGCAGAGCAUGGCGCAGGCCGAGGAGGAGACGCGGAGCCGCAGCGCCAUCGUCAUCAAGGCCGGAGGCCGCUACCUGGGCAAGAAGGUCCAGUUCCGGAAGCCAGCGCCCGGAGCGGCGGAUGCAGUGCCUUCGCGGAAGCGGGCAACGCCCAUCAACCUGGCCAGCGCCAUCCGGAGGAGCGGGGCCAGCGGGGUGGUGCAGAGGCCGCUGCGGGACCGUGUGGUGCACCUGCUGGCCCUGAGGCCGUACCGCAAGGCCGAGCUGCUGCUGCGGCUGCAGAAGGACGGGCUGGUGCAGGCCGACAAGGACGCGCUGGACAGCCUGCUCCAGCAGGUGGCCAGUGUGAGUGCCCGUGACGGCACAUGCACGCUGAGGGACUGCAUGUACAAGGACGUGCAGAAGGACUGGCCGGGCUACUCAGAGGGCGACCAGCAGCUGCUGAAGCGGGUCCUUGUCCGGAAGCUGUGCCAGCCGCAGGCCCCCAGUGGCCUCCCAGCCGCUUCCCCUGCUUCCAGCCCGCCCCAUGAGCCCGGGAGCUGCCCAUCCCCGCCACAGAAGCGGCCGCCCCCUCCUGACUUCACUGACCCCCUGGCCAGCAAGAGGCCCCGCAUCUCCCACUUCACGCAGCGCUCACAGCCCACCCUCAACGGGAAGCUGUGUGCGUCCAACGGCCGUGAGGCCCUGCUGCCCACCCCGGGGCCACCAGCUGCCACGGACACCCCCGGCCCUGGUGCCCCCGCGCCCCCGCGUGUCCACGACCCUCUGGCCGAUGUCAGCAACGACCUGGGCCACAGCGGCCAGGACUGCAGACAGGUGGACCCCGCCCCCCCAGCCCCCACCACACACCUCGGCCUCCCCCUGCUGACGGACUUGGCCCAGCCAGACAGGCUGCACGGCGCCUCGCACGGCAAGCCCAAGAAAUCCAAAAAGCACAAAGACAAGGAGCGGCCUGAGGACAGGCACCGCGCCCGGAGGCCUGACCCCACGCCCGCCACCCACGCCGCGCCGCCCGACACCCCAGGCGUGAACGGAAGCUGCAGCAGUGCCAGCGCGCCCACGUCCACGUCGGACACGCCCGACUACCUGCUGAAAUACGCGGUCAUCUCGUCCUCGGAGCAGCGCCAGAGCUACAAGAACGACUUCAACGCCGAGUACAGCGAGUACCGCGACCUGCACUCCCGCAUCGAGCAGAUCACGCGGCGCUUCACGCAGCUCGACGCCCAGCUGCGCCAGCUGUCCCAGGGCUCCCCGGAGUACGAGACCACGCGUGGGCAGAUUUUGCAGGAAUACCGAAAAAUCAAAAAGACCAACACGAACUACAGCCGGGAGAAGCGACGCUGCGAGUACCUGCACAGCAAGCUGGCGCACAUCAAGCGCCUGAUCGCCGACUACGACCAGCGCCAGCUGCAGGCCUGGCCCUAGCGCGCGCACGCACGCCCGCCGGCACGCGC